UUAACGCUGUACCUAUAUGUACAGGCGUGCAAAAUCGCAUGGCAAAUCGCAUGAUAAACCGCACGUCAAAUCAAAUACUAACAACUAACCGGACUCCCCCUGAAAUUAACACUGUACCUAUAUGUACGGUGGUGCGGCCUCGCACUGUCUCGAGGUGUAAAACCCGCAGGCGAGGGCCGCAACCAGUAUGUCGAAACCGCGGCAUCCCCUUGACCGCUUCAGAGCUGAGUGUUAACCGGACUCCCUCUGAAAAUAAUAAAAAGGAAGUACUCAGAAUAGGGUUCAUGAACAUAAGGUCGCUUUCAUCUAAAGCGCUCUUGGUCCAUGAUCUAAUUAUUGAUAAAAAGAUCGACAUACUGGGGCUUUGUGAAACCUGGUUAAAACCAGAUGAGUUUCUAGCCCUAAACGAAGCUACUCCACCACAUUACGUUAGCAGUACCCAAGUAUCUAGAGAAGUUAAGAAAGGUGGUGGAGUAGCCCUGAUAUCUAAUUCUAAGCUUAAUUUAAAGCCAAAGAAUAGAUAUAUUUUCAGAUCCUUUGAGGUGCUAGCGCUCUGCACCUCAGCUCCCCGAGAAGCGAAACGAGUUCCAGACUCUUUCGUUUUAGCUGUAGUAUACCGUCCAGGACUGUAUUCAGUUUUUGUUGAUGAGUUUUCUGACUUUGCAGCUGAUCUGGCUACAUACUCAGACAAUAAUUUGCUUAUUGGGGAUUUCAACAUUCAUGUGAAUAACCCAUCUGAUGCCCUCGCAAGGGCUUUUCUGUCCAUUACAGAUACGCUUGGCUUCAAACAGCUCGUCCAGCACCCAACCCACAUCGGUGGCAACACGCUGGAUCUCGUUCUGACCCGCGGUGUAGACAUUUCACAGCUAGUGGUCUCUUCCUACACCUCAGCUUUAUCAGACCACUUUUUGCUCACUUUCCAGGUGGUGGUAUCCUGCCCCUGCAACGAUCAGCAAGCUUUCAGCUGUCGCCGCAUCACACCUGCAACCAUUACAGCUAUGGCAGAUAAGUUAUCUGGUUCACUUGCACCUCUUUGUAACUAUAGUGGUUCUGUGGAGUGCCUUACUGAUGACCUCAACAUUGCCUUGUCUGUUGCCAUUGAUUCAGUUGCUCCGAACGUAACUAAAAAACAAACAUUGAAAAAACCAGCCCCCUGGUUUAAUGGAGAAACGCGCACUCUGAAGCGAAGCUGCAGGAUCCUUGAACGCAAAUGGCGCUCGACUAAACUUGAGGUAUUUCAUCUUGCAUGGCAUAACAGUCUGCUCACCUAUAAGGGUGCGCUGACUAUUGCCAGGAACCUACUUUUCCAGUAUCAUCAACUUGAAUAGAAACAAUCCUAAAUUUAUUUUUGACACGGUGAGGAGUCUCACUCAGAAACAGACUCAGACCGUAGGCUGCUCGACCGUGGCAGGUGAAUUCAUGGAUUUCUUUGAGAAUAAGAUUCAAUCAAUCAGAGAGGAAAUUGAUGCUUGCCGUGCGGCUUGUCCUACACAUCCUGUGGGGCAGGAUGGGGUCCUGCCAAGUAGGAUGGGGAACUCUGACGCAACUCUCUUGGAGUUCAAGGCAAUUCCUUUGGUGGAACUUGAAAGGGUGUAAAGGCAUCAAAGCCAACAUCUUGUAUGUUAGAUCCUCUCCCUUCCAGGGUUCUUAAGGAACUUCUUCCCACGGUGGGGCCUGCAAUCCUCUCGCUUAUGAAUCUCUCGUUUUCAACAGGAAUUGUUCCUUCCAAUUUCAAGGCUGCGGUGUUAAAACCGCUACACAAAAAGCCUGGCCUAGAUCCUGAAUUAGUCAGGAACUAUCGGCCUAUAUCGAAUCUGCCCUUCCUGUCCAAGGUACAGGAAAGGAUUGUAGCAAAGCAAAUCGUUGAUUAUCUGACGAGGAACAAUCUCUUCGAACCUUUCCAGUCGGGGUUCAGGAAUUUCCACUCAACUGAAACUGCUAUUACAAGAGUUGUAAAUGACAUCCUUCUUGCUUUGGAUAAAAAUACAAGCCUAAUGCUUGUGCUACUGGACCUGAGCGCUGCGUUCGAUACGAUCGACCACAGCACUCUUCUUCACCGUCUUGAGCACUAUGUUGGUUUCGGGGGUACGGCUCUUGGUUGGCUUGAAUCGUACCUCACAGAUAGAACCCAAUUUGUGCUUCAUGAGGGUUCAGAAUCAAAGCACUGUAAAUUAUGCUUUGGCGUACCACAAGGGUCGGUCCUUGGUCCAUUACUUUUUGCAAUCUACAUGCUUCCCCUGGGCGACGUUAUCCGCAGCUUCGGAAUUAGUUUCCAUUGCUACGCGGAUGACACCCAGCUCUACAUUCCUGUAGAUUCCGGGGACUCGGCCCAGAUUCAAAGGGUUGAGUCCUGUCUGGCUGCUGUGAAGGGCUGGAUGUCACAAAACUUCCUACAGCUUAACACUGGGAAGACAGAGCUGAUAAUUAUCGGCUAGAAGCGGGACCGGGAAGAGUUUGAGGAUGUCUCUCUGUGGUUGGAUGGCUUCGCCAUCCCACAGAGUGCGUCCGUCAAAAAUCUUGGUGUCCUGUUUGACCCUCAACUAUGCUUUGACCAACAUAUAAGAAGUAUUACUAGAAUUGCCUUUUUCCAUCUGAGAAACAUUGCAAGAAUCAGACCAAUGUUAUCU